AUGGUUGAAUUCUACUACCACGACAACAAGGACACUCCCGACAACUUCACCGAAGCCCACCUGACUGGCGAACACGUGCCUGAAGCCGAGCUUGCUCGCAUCGGCGUGUUCUACCGCAAAUGCCCCACCAUAGAAGAACUUGACAAGGUGGCGGUCGAACGCCAAUACAAGAACCGGGACGAGAUCACUUUGAACCUCAAGACAUUCAACAACGACCUCGACGCUUAUAACGCCAAGAUGAAGCAGUUUUACGCCGAACACUACCAUGAAGACGAAGAGAUUCGUUACAUUGUUGAGGGCGAGGGCUACUUUGACGUGCGCAACAAGGACGACCGGUGGAUCCGGGCUCGCAUGGAACCCGAGGACUUGUUGGUGUUGCCUGCGGGCAUCUACCACCGGUUCACGUUGUCGGACGGGCCCAAGCACAUCAAGGCGAUCCGGUUGUUUAAGGAUGAGCCGAAGUGGGAGGCGAUCAACCGGGGCGACCGUCCCGACUCGGCCGCCCGCCAGGAGUACGUCCAGUCGCUUGCCUAA